GCUUUAAUCCUGUUUGGCAGCUUAGUCACGCAGUAAGUAUUUUUUGUUUGGGGAUCAAAUACUUAUUUCAGUCAAAUCCUAAUGAAUUAAUAACCUUUAAUGUUUGUGUUACAUUCUGUCUUCAUGGUCAAAUAAAUGCAGUGCAAUAGCAGCGGGAGAUGUUGGGGUUAAGAAAACACGUACAGUACUGUACAGACAACUAUCAGUAUUUUCCAGGGAGGGAAUCUCCAUGAUUGUUCUGCCUGGGGGUCUCUCUCGUGCAGAGUUAAAAUGGUAAUUACUAUGAUGUCAGAGUGUCCGUCCGCCCUAAUGACUUUCUUUAAAAAGAAAAAAAAAAUAGACAACUUGGUUCCAUUUCAUUUUGUCGGGUGAGCAGAGACACACCAGCUGGGAUCUUCAGAUACAAAAAAGGUACAAUGUUUUUAUUCUAUUUUGUUUAAUAAUUCAAGCACAAGGUCAAAGUAAAUGUUGCUUGUUUUCUUAUACUACUUCUUAAUAUGUUUGUUUGUUUUAUAAUGAUCAAGUGUUUACUUGUUAACCUUUGCAAUUAUAGUAUGAGUAUUAUUGUUGUACUUUAGUUUUGAACAGUGCAGUUUGACGAUACAGUAACUUAAGUGACCUCCAGAGGACACUGUUUCACCCUGUAAAAGGUUCUGCAAUCUGCACCUUCUUGUCAAUUAAAAUCAUCUUGAUUGAAUUUUGACUGACUAAUUAAUUUUUCUCCCAGCAUGCAUCUGGCCCUCAUCAUGCUCGUCCUGCUGCUGCUGGGCCAAGGUUUCGCUGGGUCGACGACAGCCGUGACCACAUCGAUGGCUGCGCUCCACAGCUUCCGUGGCUGCGCGGUCCGCGAGUUCUCUUUUGUGGCCCAGAAACCCGGCUGCAGGGGUCUACGCGUCACCACAGAGGCCUGCUGGGGACGCUGUCACACCUGGGAGAGGCCAGUGCCGGAGCCCCCCUACAUUCACCGGCACCACCGAGUGUGCACGUACGCACUGACACGCUACGUUAGUGCGCGGCUGCCCGGCUGCCACCCCGGUGUCUCGCCUCUCUAUCACUACCCGGUGGCCAUACACUGUCACUGCGCCGCGUGCACCACCCUAGACACCGAGUGCGAGUCUUUCUGAUCAGCUUGUACACAGCAAUGUGUCAUUAAAGUCAUGCAACAUAAAUUUUUAUGUGUGUGUGUGUGCGUGUGUAUAAAGUAAUAUCAGAUAAUAAUUAUCAGAUAAUAAAAUGCAAAGGCUAGUUUAGCCACAGUACAUUAUGUAUACAUACAUCAUCCAUCCAUUUUGUACCGCUUGUCCCUUUCGAGGUCGCAGGGGGUACUGUAGCCUAUUUCAGCUGCAUUUAGGCAGAAGGCGGUGUACACCAUGGACAAGUCACCAACUCAUCGCAGGGCCAACACAAUAGACAGGAAACAUUCACACACUAGGGCCAAUUUAGAGUUGCCAAUCAAGUUCUCCCCAGGUGCACAUCAUGGAACGUUUAAAUGUACAAAAGUCAAUAGGAAAUGUUAUUCAAAUAAAUAUUUAUUAAAAAUAUUAAAUAGCCACACACAUUUGGUUCAGCAAAUAUAUAAGUAAAAAUGUAAAAAAAUAUUUUUUCUAAGUCAGCUAGAAGUCAGUAAAAAAAAAAUAGGCUCUGCUUCUUCCUGCUCUAUUUUGGACAUGUUGACAUUACUGUACACCAAAUUGUAAAUAUAUGCAUGCUUGCAAUAAAUUAAUACAACACUAAAGUUAAAACAAAAUUUAAAUGUUUAAAUGGCAGUUUAGAAAAACAAAAAACCUAACAAAUAUAUUUCACAAUAAGUCCACAAUUUCAGAAGAAAUUUCAUAGAAAAACAUUUGUUAAAAACAUUGAUCCCAUAGACAUUUCGCGCAAACAUUUGCGUCCAUCAAUAUAUACAGUAUUAUUUCAAAACAAGUCAAAUGUAGACAAAUAAAUAUAUAUAUAUAUUUACAUUCUUUAAUCUUCUGCUGGUGAUUAGUGCUCAUUGUUCAUUUUUCAUUGUAUCACUGCUGAAUCAUUUUUUUGAUUAAAUACGUUUAUGCAAAAUUUUAUUUGGUUCCUAAAAGUCAAUGAGAACUCCACAGUGUUUGUUUUUCAUCUUCCACAUGAGAACAUGUCUUCUUGGUAAGUAAAAAGACUAAACUCUGUUGUGAGUUCUCUCCUGGCCCUGGUCCCGGUCCUGGUCCCAGUUGAUGUGCCUCAGUGUCGUGAGCUGCGGCACAUGUCGCAGCGACACGCCUUAGCUGUCAGGAUCUCCAGCUCAUCGUGGUGACGUCCUCCCGGGCACUCCAAGCGAACUUUGACCUGCAGAUCCAGCCA